AUGAAUUAUUCACCCCUUAAACCUGCAGUCCCUUUCACGAAGGGAAGGAGUAAAUCACAAAACUUGUAUUCGGGAUUCCUUCCUUCGAGGACGCCCAGUAGUGGAGAUUUACUCCAACAACAGCAACCAAAAAAUACAUCAGAAUCAUUGACAGCUCUCUCAGCUCAACUCACAGCCAAACACAAAUCGAAUUUGAUGAGAAUGGCGAACUUGCCUGAAAAUGCUUCAGAACCAAAUAGUGAUCAAUUGGCCACAUCUGAGAGAAGACAAAAAGAUGAUGAUAAUCAAUCUCAAACAUCUUUUGCUCACUCGGUUCUCUCAGGGAAGAUGACAAAAUUUACACAACCCAAAACAACAAAAUUAUUCAACCUUGAAAAAACGAAACAUGAGGCAUGGGCCUCAGUUCUAGAAACUAAAAAGAAUUAUACGAAAAAUCAAAAGUUCUGUGAAAUGUUUGUGGACUUUUUAAAUUCAGAUAUGGCGGAUCGAUUAUUCAGUUUAUGUAUUUUGUAUAUAACCAAUUUGUUAAAUUAUGAACGAGCUAAGGUAAAAUAUGAAUUAAAACUCACCGAAGAAUAUAAAAAACAAGAAUUGGAAGCAAAAAAGGAAUGCAUUGAUAAUUUAUCAGAGCUUUCUUUGGCAUACUCGCAAAUUUUGCAGGAAUAUACUUUUCGAAGUCCCCACAAUUUACGAUUUCGAGACACCGUGAAAGAAACCAUGUUUUUUGAAGCACUGUACAUGGUCACAUCAUUUGUUGCAACGGUUGAAUUUCCCAAUCCAAAACUCCAGCCAAUUAUUGAAAAUGAAAUUGAAAGACUUUUUAGGACCAAAUACUUUCGAAUAACGGAUCAUGAAAAGAAAAACUCUAGAUUUCUCACUGCUGAGGAUACUUUCAAGUUGAAAAACUGUGGAUUCAAAUUGCCGAGUGAUACUCUCAAACGGCGAAAGAUCACUACAGCCAUUAAUUCAAGAAGUCCAUUAAUUUCAUCUGUUUUUCCUGGAUUUAAUCGUGUCGCACAGGAUAUGGAUUACCAAUUCGAGCAAAUUCAGCUCAAUUUACCUCCGCACAUUCUCUUUAGUACUAAAAAUAUUUCCAAUUCUGUGGGAGAAGGUGGAACAGAGGAUGAAGAUAGUUCUUCCAUUGCUUCUCAAAAACCUUCAGUGAUCAUUAUGUAA